AUGAUCCUGAGAAGCGAAAUAAAAAAAGACAAUUUAAAUUGUGAUAGUUUUUUUACUAAUGCUGAUUAGAAAAGUUAACCUAGUACUGAUAUUCAUGAAGAAAAACAUGAUUCAACUUAGUUGACAAUUGAAAAGGUAUAGAAAAAGAAGAAAAUUUUUAAAAACAAAAUGAAAAAAGUAAAAUUUGAAACUCAAAGAAUUAUUGAUUCUAUAGAUACAUAAGAUAACAUUUUUUUAACUCAUGGUUUAAGCAUUUCAUCAAAAGGCAUAAUCAGAUUUUGCUAUAGUUUGAAUCAUUUUAGCUUUGGUUAUUCUAAUUAUUAGGCAUGCAGAUCUAAUUACUUAAAAAACAAUGAUAUUAUUGAAUUUUAAAUAUUUAAUGAAAAUAAAUUUAAAUAAUAUUCAUUUAAUGACGCUAUAAAAUUCAUGUCUCGAAAUAGCUGCAAGGAUUUUAUUCAGAAUAGUAAUACAUUGAAAUCAUUUUUAGACUAUUAAAAGUAAACUUUUGAUAUAAACUUUAGUGAAAAAUAGUUUAUAAAUCAGAUAGAAGAUAAGAAUAAAUAUAUUUAGUUAUGUAUGGAAUUUAUUGAGAAAUAAGCCAAAGUUAGUGAUAAUAAAAUAUUCUAAUAUGCAAUAGGAAGUCUUAAUUAUGAAAAAAAAGAUUUUGAUAUAUUUAACAUCGGUUAUUCCAAGUCAUAUUUAGACUUGUUAGGAAUUGAUAAUGAUAAUUUUAUUAGGACGCUCCUGAGGCACUAGUAGAUAGAUUUACAUCAGGAUGAUGAAGAAAUUAUGAAGUAAUCUCUCUCAGGACUAAAAACUAAUGUAUAUGAAUAAUUUGAUAAUGAUUUAGAUUUCUAUAUAACUACUUAUGAUGGAUUUCCUCUUAAAGUGUAAGGAAAGAAGAGCAAUAUAAUAAUAAACAGUGGUUCUAAAAACUAACCAAAAUAGAAAAAGGAGUUUUUAUUGUUAUUUACUGAAUUUGAUGUUGAUCUAAAAUAGCUUCAAAGACUAAUAGAAUAUAGAUAAAAAUUGUUAAAUAAUAGAAAAGAUCUUUCCUAUAAUGAUUUCAUUAAUAAAGAACUCUCAUAUAUGUUUGAAGAUGUAGAGUACUCAGUUCAUUCCUAAUCAUUUAUUGAAAAAUUUUACUAACCUAAUUUAGAAAAUCUAAAUUACUUGAAUCAGUAAUACCUAAAAAGAUAAAUUUAAAUGCAUGUUAAAUAGUGUGGUUAUAAAUUGUUAAAUCCUAGAUAGCAAUAGAUUCUCUGA